AUGAACGACGCCGAGAACGGCACCGUCUUCCACCACCCUCAAUACCCCACCUCGGACCAGCAGCAGCAGGGGUACAAGGGGACCGGCGGAGGCGUGUCCCGCUUCAUCACACCUGGUGGAAACCCAGUAGAUACCUCCAACCCUGCCUUCCCCAUCUACCACAGACGGUUUGGUAACCCCUCACCUCUGGGUCUGCUCGGUUUCGGAGCCACUACCUUCAUCCUCUCCAUGUACAACAUCCGCACCCGCAACAUCACCCACCCCAACGUCGUCCUCGGUAUGGCUCUCGGCUACGGAGGUCUCGUGCAGCUCAUCGCCGGUAUCCAGGAAUGGGCGUGCGGAAACACAUUUGCUGCGACUGCGUUCUCCAGUUACGGAGGGUUCUGGCUGUCGUACGGAACACUUUAUAUCCCUUUCUUCGAGGUGUCUGCCGCAUAUGGGAGCACCGCCGAAUUCGCCAGCGCGGUCGGUAUCUACCUCGCCGCGUGGGCCAUCGUCACCAUGAUCUUCUUCAUCGCUACCCUCAAAUCCUCCAUCGCACUCUCAUCCCUCUUCUUCUUCCUCGCCGUCACCUUCUGGCUACUCUGCGCCGGAGAGCUCGCAUCCUCUGUCAAUUGCACCAAGGCCGGCGGCGCAUUCGGUAUUCUCACGGCGGGCAUUGCGGCGUACACCGCCCUGGCUGGUCUCCUGACCAAGGACACUAGCCACUUCAAGAUCCCCGUCGGAGAGCUGUCGAGGGGCAAGCCCAACGAGUAA